AUGCACAAAAAUAAGGUGGAAGGCUAUGGCAUUGUUCGUAAUGCUACGCUGCGCUGCAUCCUCGACCCCAACACGGCCACGUGCAUUGACACGGAGGGCAUCAUGGAGCACCCCUGGUUCUGCCACGGUGCGAGCGACGGAGGCGAGCAGGAGCAACUGAUGCGCGACCACAAGGAGGCGGCGUGGUUCAACGCGGAGUUUGAGGAGGACAUGGCCCGGGCCAUGACCGCGUUCGACAUCUUGGCCUUCUCGCCCGGCUCGGACCUCUCUGGGAUGUUCGGCGCUGGGCCGGGCACGGAGCGGGUGUUCGUGGGCGAGCCCGCCACUGUCGUGCUAGCCCAGGUCGAGGAAGCCGGGAGGAAGCGAGGGCACCGCGUGAGGAGGGAAGGGUACCACGCCGGGCCGGUGUACGUGGAGGCGAUGGCCGGCGGCAUUGUUGCCAAGGUGACUGUGUUUAGGAUCGCUGAUGCGGUGUCAGUGGUCGAGGUCGUGAAGGGCCACGGUGCGGAGGCUGCGGCGUUCUGGAAGGACUGGCUCGAGCCGGUCGUGAAGCCUCGGACAGUGUGAAAAAGCUACCGAGUGCGAGCCGGGUAUCAUCUCGCCUCGUC